CCUUAUCAGCAGACGAAAAAGCUAUCGUUUUGAAAACUUUUAAAUUAGCUAGUAAAAAUUCCGAAAGAUUAAAACAGGACGAUCUCAAGGGAUUUUGGAACUUCAUAAAUGAAAUAAUGAAAUUUUUCAUGACAGAGAAGCCCAUAUAUACUUCAACGAUAUUUUUAUCAUUUUAUUUAAUUACCGGUUCCCUAUUUUAUUAAUGGAAUUUAAGAUUCAGGAAUAAACAAUAUUAUAUAGGUAUUAAAUAAUAUAGGUAUAUCAAUGUAUUAUUCAAACCCCUGGGUCUAGAGAUUUCAAAUUUUGUACACACGCCCCUUAUACAACACGUACACGCAAGCUUUAAAAAAGGGCCUUUUUAUCUAUUCAACUCAAAAUUUGAUGUAUCGAUCAAGGCACAGCCCAAACUGAGAUACGAAGCUUGAAAUUUUGCCACCUUUAAAUGUGUCAAAAGGACUUUUGGGGGUCACGAAUAGAUGAAAGACUGUUUCAUUACAUAUCCAAUUAUUUAUUUAAUGGAGGUAAUGGAUCUCACCAUAGCGACGAGGUACAAAUUGAAACUUUCAAGAAUUUGUUUAUUUGUUCAGUGAGAGGUACAGUGGACGAAAAACUAGAUUUUAUAAAGAAAUCGAUUGGAAAUAAGAAAUUUGUAGAUGGUGAAUUACCAUAUAACGAACUUAAAGAGUUUGUAGACAGUAUAGUGUCAUCGUAUGUUCAAGUACAAAAUGCAUCGAAGAAUAGGGAUUUGCAAUCUUGGCAUUUCAACGCAACAAAUCCACAAAGUUUGGUGCGUUUUUCUGAGAGCAUUCUAGAGCAAUUCGACCAAAAUUGUAUAGGCGAUAGAGCAUUGGAGGGGUGGAUUCAAACGGCUACAUUGUUUGCACAACUGCAAAAGCUUCUGUUUUACAAUUUAUUUGGUGCAGGUGUGAGUAAAAGCCAUGACGUUAAAGACCCUCACAUGCACGGGGAUAGUGACGAAAGUGUUUUGAUUGGUUUGCAUAAAAAUUACGAACUAUUGCCUCGUUUUACAGGCCCUGAUUUGCCUGCACACUAUAAGAGCUUGCUAGAUAUAAGCCAAAUGAUUUUUUUGAAUGCGCACCUCCCCCAGGAAAACCAAAACGAAUGGAGGCUGCUGUUUUCAACCGACAUACACGGUGAAUCGUUUUCUACACUUAUAGGAAAAAUUAUGAAUCAGGGCGCCACAGUCAUUAUAGUUGAAGAUAAUCAUGGCCACAUUUUUGGUGGAUUUACUCCUGUUAGUUGGGCAAUGAAACCGAAAUUUUAUGGUGACAGUGGCACUUUCCUUUUUACUUUGGUUCCUAAAAUGAAAGUUUAUCAUUCAACUGGCUAUAAUGAUCAUUAUCAAUACCUCUGUCUUAAUCAACAAACUUUACCAAAUGGAUUGGGAAUGGGCGGUCAGUUUCAUUAUUGGGGCCUUUGGUUAGAUCACGAUUUUGGCCAUGGUCAGUCCAGUGAAAGCUGCACGACCUUCAGUGAAUACAGUCAAUUAUCCAACACUAAAAAUUUUCGUAUUAAGAACAUUGAUGUAUGGGGUGUGGGGAUGCCAGAAGAAGUUGAAACUACCGACGAAGCACCCGCUAAAAGUGUUCUCGAUACCAAUAUCGAAACCAAAGCAGUUUUACAAUUAGCUGGAAGGAAAAUUCAUAGUGAAGGAAUACGUGAAGAAAGUAACUAGUAGGUCUGUUUGACUAUAAUGGUACAAAGCAAUGGUACCAAUGAGUCAUGAUAAUCUAUUGUAGUAGUUGACAGCUUUAUGAUCUCCGAAUCUUCAAAAGUAUUACAGUUUCUGUUCAUGAAUACUGAUCAAAUGUUGUUUGUCAGCUUGAUUACAAUCAUUUUAACCGUCACGUUGCUGUACUUUUUACAAGUUGUUGAUUUUACUAUUGGGGGCACAACAUUCCAAAUUUUUUUUAUUGCAUUUUGGUUAUUUCUUUUUCAUUUGCCUCACUUAAUAGUUUUUUGUGCUGUGCAGGGUAAACAAGAUUCUAGUCAUGUUAUUUGUAAGAUCUACAAAAAAGACCAUAUUGAUUAUAAAAUAAUCUCUACAAAAUGAGUUUUCCAAGAUUACUUAUCGACUCUUACAAUUAAAUGAUACUAUUUAGUCCUGACAAAAGUAUCUAUUUAAUAGUUAAAAUUAAUUAGUAUAGGUCACGAAAAUUGCUGUGCCUUUAUGAAAACACAUUAAUCAAUCGUUUUACGCUUUUUAAGAAUUAAAAUAUGAAAACUGAGAAUAAGAUAAGUACAAAGACAAUUAAGUUAAAUAAAACUA